GCGGGAACAACAAAAACAACCAUCUCGCUUUUUCCUUUCUUCGGUGCUACCUUUUUCUUUCCAAGGGAUGGGGUUGGGGUUUCUAAUAACCUUUUUUUGGAGUAUGCCCGGGAACAACUCCAGGGUCAAUUAAGGAUCAAAUGUUGGAACCUCAUGGGUCAGGAUAAGGUAAUAGAAUUGAUAGAGAAAUUCAUAGACCUAGGUGGGAUAGGAGAAUUUCAAAAGAGAAUUGAGAUGAUGAUAGAGAUCAUACUGAGAAACAGAAGAAUUCCGUACGGUUACAACUCUUAUUUGAACGAAGUGCAAAAAAUGCGAUCUUUUUUGUCUAAUAGAACAAAAACGAAUACCUUAAUGGAGUCGGUAAAGAUCAAAUCUGUUUAUCAAAGUGCUUCUCUGAUUGCUCAAGACAUCUCUUUUCAACCGAGGAACAAUCAAAUCUCAUUUCGUUCAAUUUUUAGUCAAAUAGUUCAGGAUAUUCCAUUAAGAAUGCCUCAAGGGGUUGAGGGGAUACGUAUUUGUUGUUCAGGUCGAUCAGGAGGUGCGGAAAUAGCUAGAACUGAAUGCGGAAAGUAUGGAAAAACAUCUCGUAAUGUAUUUCACCAGAAAAUAGAUUAUGCUCCUGCGGAAGUAUCUACUCGUUACGGAAUUUCAGGUGUCAAAGUGCGGAUCUCAUACAGUAAAAAUCAGAAGGGACGUGCUAUAUCCGAAACGUACGAAAUUUAGUAAAUAUCGUAAAGGCAGAUGUAGUAGGGGUCGCGAACCGGACGGUACACAACUUGGUUUUGGAAGAUAUGGCACCAAAAGUUGUAGAGCUGGUCGUCUUUCAUAUCGAGCCAUUGAAGCAGCGCGUCGGGCU